CAGUACCUAAUGUCUGUCGGAAUCGGUAAUGGGACUUGGUUGAUGAUACCAGAUACCGGAAGCAGCGACACGUGGUUGAUGUCCUCCAGUUUCAAGUGUCUCGAUCGUGCACACAACCCGCAGGAGCAGGCUUACUGCAAGUUUGGUCCCUCGUACAACGGAGACUUCUCUGGAGGCAAGAUUACCGACCAGCAUAUGAACAUCACAUACGGCGGCGGGGACUCUCUAAAUGGUGACAUGGGCUAUGCCGACGUCACGGUAGCUAGCAUCACAGUUCCCAGGCAGGAAAUGUCUCUAGUAACCACAGCUAGCAUUCGUGGCAACGGCUUGUUCUCGGGAAUCCUGGGGUUGGGCUUGCGCGGCCUUACCACCGCCUAUCAGGGAACAGAUCCGUCUAAAGAUAAUGAAAACACCACGACGAGAUAUGCCCCCAUCAUUGAAACCAUGUCCCUGGACGACGCCAUCGAGCCGGUCUUCAGCAUUGCAAUGUCACGAGACGAUGAUCGCUCGUACGUCUCAUUCGGCGGCGUUCCUCCUAAUGUGCAGACCGGGGAGUUCGCCAGCACACCGAUUCUACAGAUGGGAUAUAAUGGCGGGCCCAAGGACUAUUUGUACUACGCCAUGCGCCCGGAAGUACUCAAGUGGAACAGCAGCACAUAUAGUCAGAACUGGACCAAACCAGACGGCAUGAUCGUUGACACAGGCACGACGCUAAACUACUUUCCCAGCGAUAUCGCCUUCUCCAUCAACUCACUCUUCAGCCCUCCAGCCGAGUACAACGGCGGCACAUUUGCUGUAUUGUGCGAUGCCACUCCACCGACAGUCGAAAUCGGCAUUGGUGGUAAGCUGUUCCAGAUCGCCCCGAGCAGUCUGAUCCUGCCAGAAACGAAGCAGAGCAACAUUGAUGGCGACUAUUGCUUGACUGGGAUCGCCACUGGGAGCAACGUUUUGAUUCUCGGAGAUGUUUUCCUGCAGGAGAUGUUGGCCGUUUUUGACGUCUCUGAUAAGAAGGAAUUGAAGUUUGCCAUGCGCACCGACAAACCUACCUGAGUCGCGGCGAUGCUUUUGGGAAUUUGAUCUGGAAGAAGCAGUGAUGAGCAAAGUAUGCAAGGAACAAUGUCAGGCUUAGACAUCACGGGGCUGUCAACGAUUUUACGUUUGUGAUUUAGUAUGGAAACGUUGCUCUUCAGAUGAAGGCAAUAUUGAAUCGAAAAGUAUAUGACUCAAAGAGCCUUUCUGCACAUGAUCGAGUUCCCGCGACAGGAAACUAUGAAGGC